AACACAUCCGAGAAAGACAGAGACAACAGUGUCUGCAGUCCCAGGCUAAGCCCCAGUCCAAGACUACCCGGCGCACACAGUGAACUGAGUGCAUUCCCCGCACUCCACGGAGGGGUAGAUAACACACUCCCGCCUACCCACCCACACAAGCUCAGUGAUGGUAAGAGCUACAGAUAUCCACACACCCAUACACACACCCUGGGCCACGAGGCAAUGCUCCCGCAGGGGCACACACACAAGACGCCCCAGGAUACGAUACAGGGGCAUCCCGAGACACACCCUCAUGCAGGCGCAUUCGCUAACAUAGGACCAAGCACGCCUGCGACUACACCG